AUAGAAAUUUCCUCGAAUUACGAGCAAGCGUGAGCAGAAUUGUUUCAGUGCGGAAGGAGAACUAGAUCCGAAUGACGCCUGGUUGAUGCGAGCUGCAGGUGGCGAGGAGGAAGUUGAUGCAAAUGAGCUUCCGAUGGGGGUGGUAGCUGCUGCCCAGGAUGAUGACCAGUUAUCCUUUGAGGAUUCGGAACGCUUUGAAGAAGAUUCCCUUUGUUCGUGGAUGUCAGAUGCUGAAUCGUUAAAUCAGAAUUGGCGUGGAUGGAGUACAACGAGGAAUCCAACAGCACAGACUGGAAUGGAACAUACAUUUGGCGACGGAUCAGGCCCACUGUUACCAAGUUCCUUAUUACGCUUUACUGGAGGUAUCACAUCGCCUUCACAAUCUCGUCGACAUCCUAUAUCCAGUUCAGCAGCUACAACGAACCUCGGCUCCCCUGUUUCAGCAGCUAGUAUUUGUGCGAAUGCAACAACAUAUAAUGUGCGUAGUCUCGCCGAAAUGGCUGCUCGCGUUGCUGCACGAUGUUUUUCAUUCAUAAUGUUAGAGGCGUGCUAUCACGCGAUCUCAGUUGAAAAGAGGCGGGUAAACCUCAAAAGUGGUUUAAAUGAUCGUUCCGUCAUGUUUGAAAAUGCUUUUGCGGAGCAUGCUGCAAUUCCUGACAAAUUUUUCUUGAGCAUAGUGCGCUGGUGCUUUCCUGAAAGCGAGGAAGAUGUUCGUUUAUACAGCUGUUUGGCAAAUGGUAAUGCUGAUGAGUUUGAUAGAGGAGAGUACUUAUAUCAAGUAAAUGCGGUACAUGACGUUUUCCAAAUAGGUUAUCAUAUUUCCGCCGUAGUGAAUGCAACAGGCGCCUCUUCUAUAAUUUCUCCAACAAAUUCAUCAGCUCCACCUUGUCGUUCAAAGAUGUCGUACAAUGUAUCAGUUCGGGUUGACAGGUGCCGGAUAGUAUCAUGUAGCUGUUCAUGCGCUUUCAAGGCAUCAUGGUGUCAGCACGUUGUCGCUUAUUUGCCUGUGGCACAGCGUUUGAUCGACCAGUUGCGGAAUCCAAAUUCUGAAAUAAACGCAGCAGUUGGAGCACCAGAUCCAACAGAUGGAGGUCAUGAUAAUGUCGCUAUUUGGUGUUUGGAUCAACGCACACUGCACGAAAAUAUCCGACGCAUAUUGAUCAAAUUCUGUCUUCCCUCACCGACUGUGCAUUGUGAUGUGCAAUAUUUAUCAUCCAAUCAGCCACCGGCAGCUAGUGAGUGGUUGUCUCUUUUUCGGCCCCACAGAGCAAAAGAACCUGAAGGUUUAUGGAAUCUUUUGUCAAUUGUACGCGAGAUGUUCAGACGUCGUGAUGAAAAUGCAACCAGUCUUUUACAUAUUAUUACCGAAGAAUGCUUAGCUUGUUCACAAGUCUUGAUUUGGUGGUAUCAAACCGCUUUAUCUCAAUCCGGACAAUGGACACUUUGCCCGCCUUCUACCAACAAAUCAAGUUCAUUAAUGUCAAAUCAGAAAACACCUCAGCUGAACUGUGCAUCACUCUGUGAUGAAAUAGUACAGCUAUGGAGGCUUGCUGCUCUGAAUCCACGUUUAUCGUCUUUUGAAAGGGAACAAGUACGUAGUGAAUUCACACACAUUUUUCUAGCAACAUAUGCAUGUGCACGCAUAUAUAUAUAUAUAUAUAUAUAUAUAUAUAUAUUCUAG